AUGGACUUCCUUCAUUACAUAAAUAUUUACACCCAAUGUUGGUCUACCGAUCCAAUUCAACGCCCAUUGUUAAACAAAAUUAAAACAGAACUUGAGAGGUUGUCGACAAAUAUAGCUGCUGAAUUCAUUACAAACAAUAUUACUUCACAAUCCCUUCCUCUACCUCAUCCUUCGAGAUGUUCUUUGUCAGAAAAUUCUAACAUAAAGCCUUCGGCCAAGGAUAUUAAAUUUCAUACCAUUUUGCAUGAUUGGCUUCAUGCAAUGGAAAGAAUCUCAUCGAGAGACUUUGAGGAAAGUUGGAAAAAAUAUAAUAAUUUUGAGACGUAUGUAUUAAUUUUUGCUUCAAGCAUUUUUUGA